GUUUACCCAAAAAAGUUAAUCCAAGUUAAUUUUUGCAUUAAAUUUAAACAAUUGUUUAGUGUGCUUCUACCAUGUACACCGCCUGCAACACAGCGUAACGCCGAACACAAAGUCGCAAUGCAUUUGCGCCCGCGAUGUUGCGAAUGGCUGCCGCUGGCAACGCAGCAAUUGCGACUUCGGAACCUGGCGCGAAUACAAGGACUCAAUAUUGAGUGCACCUUGGACGUCAAAGCCGGCGGAGAGUGCGGAAUAGAAGAGCAGGAGCUGCUCGUAUACUAUACACUGCAUGUAGAUAAGGCUAGUGAAGCGUUCUAUACCAGUGAGGCAUUGCCGCAGCGUCAUCAGCAGCAAAAGUGGGCGGAAAUUUGUGCGGGCGAUGAUGUCUGGCGAAAAUCAAAUGCACAGUGCGUAUGUGUAAAAGUCUGGGCACAUUAUCAGCCCACCGCCCAGCGCCUGCAGAAGCCAAAUGAGACUGAACGGACAGCGGAGUCUAAGCAAAGCGCGAAGAUGACGCAACGUUUGGCCAAUGUGCAUUUGACGCCCAACAAACUGCCACGCCCUCCUGAGCUGCUCUUCUGUUGGGGAGUCUAUUUUUCCGGCCUCAUACCAUUAGCGUCGCUGGCUUUGGCCAAAUGUCGAGCCAACUGUUUGAUAUUUCAAUUGAAUGGCGAGCACUUCACAUCUUCGGCGUUGAUCAAUGAACAGGGACUGCAUGCCCAGCUGCGUCUGCACUACCAGCGGUAUGACGAGCACCACAGUAAUGCACGGAAUGCGGCCAACGAUCACGAUGAUGGCGGCAUCAACUCGCCAAGUGUUAGUCGGAGCAGCAGUCCAGUGCUCCAGAUGAGCAUCAUGCGCUAUGCACAGCUCAGUUGUCAUCUGGCGGAUAUGCGUCACAGUUACAAUUUAGAGAAUCUCUUGCUGCUGCAGAAGCGUCAGCGAGAUCAGCGAAAGAAGUUGCGUGAUGUGGAGGAGGUGAGCAGGGAAAUUGCACGUCUCAGUGUUAGCUGUAUAACACGCAAUGAGCUGAGACUUAAGCCACGCACCACCUCAAUGUCCGGCUCACCCUACGGCAGUCAGCAUUCCCAGCAUUAUCAUUCCAUGGGUCGCACGCUCAGCGUUCUACUCUCCGAACAGCAACAGAUUGCACCCCUGACUCUAUAUAGUGCCCAGCAACUGAUGCAACAGAUUGAAGCAUUGCGUUGCAAGCAACGUUUACUCCAGACCGAACGUGAGACCUUCAAGGAGCGCAAUUCGCGCAAACAGGAGCGUCUGAAGACGUUGCGGGAUCAGCGAGAUCAACUGCAGCGUAAAUUACAUAAUCAGCUGCUCCAGCUGGAGCAACAGCGUCUGGAGUUGCGCACAGAGACGUCAAAGCAGCGAACAGAUCGUGAACAAAAGCGAAAAAUCACCCUUCAGGUGGAACGUAGCAUGUCCACGCUGGUGCUGGAGCUGCAAGAAAUCUAUAAUAUCAAGAGUCUGGGUACACAGCAGUUUAGCAUUUGUGGCAUCGCCUUUCCCCACAUGGAGCAAUAUAUGAGUGAUGCGCGGCAGGCGAUGAAUGCGCAGCUGCUGGAGAAUGUCUCGCCGCUGGCGGUGAGCGCUGCUCUGGGUUAUGUGGCGCAUCUGGUGCAGAUGCUGGCCUACAUUAUGGAUCGUCCACUACGCAAUCGCAUUUGUUAUGAACCGUCGCGAGCUCGAAUUGCUGACGAAAUCAAGGAGGUGACCUACUCAACGAGAGAAUUCCCUUUGUAUACGCGCUCCAUUCUGCCGUCGCAACAAACCAAGUAUGCCAUUUAUUUGCUGCGACAGAAUGUUUCGCAGCUGUGCUAUGACAUCACAGGUCACUGUGAUAAGCACAACACCUUUGGCAACUUGCUGGAACUCUUUGAUACGCUGCGGUACAUUGAACGCACCCAGCGUGAUGAAGUGGAUCACGGUAACCAAUUAAGUGCAAGCAGUAGACAUGUCAACGGUUUGACGGCAGCAGCUGCCAAUCCUCAGCUAUCGCAGUCGCACUCAUCGGUGGACAUGAAUCAUGUGCCACUGCCCACAACGGCAAACGUAGCCAAAGAUGCCCUGUUGCAGCAACUGUUGCCGCCGGGAGUGAGUCAGGCUGUGGCCAUCGAGGGCUAUGCGUCAACGCAACGCAUAUGCCGGUCUGUGGGUUCCUAUUCCGAUGGCGAAGAUGAUUUUCGGCCCAGAUUGGAACAGAACUAUUCCAAUUCGGAUUCAAACAUAACGCUGCAAACAGAGCGCAGAUAGGACUAACUGCUUUGCAGUAUAAUCGCAUAAUUUACCUAUAAAUAAUACAAGUAUCUAUAUUUAUAUAAACUACAUAAACAUAAAGCUAACGUAUAGUCUACUUUCCUCGACCCUCUCCCCAAGAUAACAAAAGCAAUGUAUUUAGUUGUUGCGUUGACGUUUAGCGAAAUAUUUAGAGAUUGCUUUAAAGUAAAAACGUAUUAUGUACUUGAAACACUUGUGUAUUGUAUUUUAAAUUGUAGACUGCUUCGAUGAGCAAAAAGAAACAAACUAAAAAAAUGGUUUAUUGUUUGCAUAUUAACUUGUUUCUUUGAUUAAGAUCUCGUUGUAAAUUCCCGUUCUUUGUUUAUAUGCUACAUUAUUAAGAUAUAAUAAAAACAUAAUGAAUAUA